AUGACAGUGCAACUAUUGGUUGUGAGUGGCAACCUCGAUCAUCAAAACUGUGUUAGUGUGGCUAAGCCAUCACGAAUCCAGUUUAUUAACAACCCUGUGGUCCGUGGUGCACUUGCAGCUAACCCAGCUACAUCAACCAACGCUCUCGUCGUACAGCUUCGACACCACCUAAUAGUUGCACUGUCAUACUGUAAUAAACGAAACGCCCCCCCCCCCGUCUGUUGA